ACUGUUACAAAGAAUCCAUAGAAAAACUAUUUACUGUUUAUAUUGAUUUUUGCUUCAACGAUGUCUGUGUGUUGAAAAAUUUUCGUGUAAGUGUCCUGCUUACUCCUGAAGGUCCCGAUGUCCCGGAGGAGGGUUUGCUACUGGCCGGGACACGCGGACCGCGCUCGGGACUGGCUGUUUCUGAACCUGGACCUCAGCGACGAGGACCUCAACGUCGCGCGCUACAGCCCGACCACGGUAUGCUACGAUCCGAGGCGGGUCGCUUCCUCGACUCCCGACGCUUGUUGCUGCUCUUACUAUCACCAGGGCCCGGACGCUUGCUGCUGCAAUUAUAGUCGACCCUGGCGAUACACGGCCCCGAUCAAGUCUGGCUUCUCCAAAAUAGAGCGCGGCAAGGACGGCUUCAAGGUUACCUUGGACGUCAAACAUUUCAAGGAAGGGGAUGUGAAAGUGAAAGUAGUUGGCAACGACGUGGUGGUUGAGGCGGAGCACGGUGAACGUCAAGAUGAGCACGGCUACAUCUCACGCAGCCUGAAGCGCAAGUACGCGUUACCGGAAGACGUGGAUUCUGAUAAAGUGAGGACAGAACUCUCCUCAGACGGCAUACUCACAAUUACUGCUCCAAAGAAGCAGACGGACCGACUCGGGCGAGGGAGUGAGCGCUUGAUCCCCAUCAUAAAAGUUAGUAGGCCUGCCCUCACAAGCAAGAAGAGUGGAGGUAAGAGGGCGACGCCUGGAUCAUCGCGGACUAAUGUAGCGUCAGACAACGACGCCGGCGACGACGACGACGGCGAUUCGGACUAGUGGAUGCCAUUCUGAGUUUGUUGAGGUUCAGAUCUAGUUAUGUACUUUCAGUGUAAUAACUGUAACUUCUAGUUUCACUAGACAUCGGUUCAGUAAACACAGUAAACACAGUGUGACAGAAGGAGUACCGUAGCACCGAUUUUGUUAGCUGUUCCUGAAAUACAUGUGUAUGAGUAAUAGCAGGUGUGACUUUGUAAAGAAUGAUUUAGAUAAUUAGAGCUCAGAACAUAAAAGCUACAUGUUUAUUGUACUUCAUUAUAAAAAUAAACAUACAGUCAUCAUUGCCAUCAGCGGCGGCUGCUGUACAAGAGCA